AUGAGUGGUGACCAGAGUAUUAUAUUAGUAACUGGUGGCUCUGGUCUCGUCGGGCAAGCUAUCAAAACUGUUGUUGAAGAAGAACGGCAAAAUGCUUCUAUUGAUUCUGAUAAAGAAAAAUGGAUAUUUUGCAGUUCCAAGGACGCUGACCUAAGAGAUAAAACACAGACUGAAUCAUUGUUUGAGAAACACAAACCGACCCAUGUUAUUCAUCUGGCAGCAAUGGUGGGAGGAUUGUUUCACAACAUGGCACAUAAUUUGGAUUUCUUUAGAGAGAAUAUGGCAAUAAAUGAUAAUGUUUUAUAUGCAAGCUACAAAUACAACGUUCAAAAAGUGGUGUCAUGCCUGUCCACUUGUAUCUUCCCGGACAAAACUACUUACCCAAUUGACGAAACUAUGAUACAUAACGGACCUCCUCACUCCUCGAACUAUGGGUACAGUUACGCGAAAAGGAUGAUAGAUGUUUUGAACAGGGGCUACUGGGAGCAGCACGGGCGAAUGUUCACCUCGGUGGUGCCCUGCAACGUGUUCGGGCCCCACGACAACUUCUCCCUCACCGCCAGCCACGUGCUGCCCGCCUUGGUGAGGCGGAUGCACGACGCGGUGCUCAACGACGAGCCCACGUUCACGGUGCUCGGCAGUGGGAGGCCUCUGCGCCAGUUCGUCUACUCCUUGGACCUGGCGCGGCUGUUCCUCUGGGUGCUGAGGAGCUACGACAGCGUGGAGCCCAUCAUACUCUCAGUGGACGAAGAGGCGGAGGUGAGCAUCGCCGAAGCGGCGGAGGCGGUGAAGAGGGCUCACAAUUACAAGGGCGAGCUGGUGUUCGACUCGUCCAAGGCGGACGGGCAGCUGCGCAAAACGGCGUCCACCGCCAAGCUGAGGGCGCUCUGUUCCGGCUUCGAAUUCACGCCCUUCCAGAGCGCCGUGGAGCUCACCGUGCGGUGGUUCCUGGCCAACAGGGAGCGAGCGCGCACCCAC